AAUCAAUCCAUCUACCCCCCAACUAACUCACUCUCAAACACAGCCACCUUAAUUACCAAUUAGUAAGCACCGCCACAGUCGCUAAUUACAUUUUACGUAAUGGCUCAAUCGUCCAUCAUAAUACUCUGCAUCUCCGUCGCCGCGGCGUUCACCGUCUUCCUCCUCCUCCUCCUCUCCACCACCGAUCAUCGCAGCCACACUACCACCAAUGUCGCUCGACGUGGUCUCGAGAAUCUGCCUCACGCGCCGGCGAAACGCUUCUCCCACGUCUGCGGCUCCGACAAGGCCGCCGGCCUGGCGUUCUGCGACCGCUCGCUGCCGUACGACGUGAGGGCGGAGGAUCUGGUCGCGCGGAUGACGCUGGAGGAGAAGACGCAGCAGCUCGGCGACAAUGCGCGUGGCGUGACGCGCCUGGGCCUCCCGCCGUACGAGUGGUGGUCGGAGGCGCUCCACGGCGUCUCCAAUGUGGGCCCGGGGGUGUUUUUCGACGGCGUGGUCCCCAGCGCCACGAGCUUCCCCACCGUCAUCGUCACCGCGGCGUCGUUUAACGCAACGCUCUGGAAAGCCAUUGGUCAGGCCGUGUCGACGGAGGCGAGGGCCAUGUACAAUUUGGGCCGGGCCGGGCUGACGUUCUGGAGCCCGACGAUGAACGUGGCCCGGGAUCCGAGGUGGGGCCGAACAAUGGAGACACCUGGCGAGGAUCCAUUCGUCGUCGGCACGUAUGCGGCCACGUACGUGCGAGGGUUGCAGGAUGUGAUCAGUGAAUGUGGGGAGGUGGAGAAAUCCGGGAAAGGUUCGGAUUCCAGGCCUUUGAAAGUGGCGGCUUGCUGCAAGCACUACGCCGCUUAUGAUAUGGAUCAUUGGCAUGGAAAAAGUCGUUACCGUUUUGAUGCCAGGGUGAGAGAGCAGGAUAUGGUGGAAACAUUUGUUCGACCAUUCGAGAUGUGCGUGAAAGACGGGGACGUGAGCAGUGUAAUGUGCUCGUAUAAUCGGGUGAACGGAAUUCCCACUUGUGCCGAUCCUAAACUUCUGAACGAGACAAUCAGAGGCCGAUGGAAACUCAAUGGGUAUAUAGUAUCGGAUUGUGACGCAGUCAAGAACAUCGUUGAGCAUCAUAAAUACUUAAAUGAUACUCCAGAAGAUGCAAUAGCACAAACACUGAAAGCAGGUUUACUUGAUCGACUCUUUUUCACUGCAUUUUUCUACUUCAGCCUGAAUUUGGACUGUGGGAACUACUUCCCCAAAUACGUUGGCCAAGCAGUGCAUCAAGGCAAAGUCGGCGCCAACCUCAUCGACGCCUCCCUCAAAUCCCUCUACGUCGUCCUCAUGCGCCUCGGCUACUUCGACGGCUCGCCGGAAUACAGCCACUUGGGCAAACAGCACAUCUGCACGCCGGAAAACACCCAACUCGCCGCCGAAGCGGCGAGGCAGGGCAUCGUCCUCCUCCGAAACGACCAACACACUCUGCCUCUCGCCGCCGGCAAGACGAAGACCCUCGCCGUCGUGGGCCCGCACGCGAACGCCACGCUCGCCAUGAUCGGCAACUACGCGUUCGACCCCAACCGGCCGGGAUUCCCCUGCCGCUACGUCUCCCCUGUUUCGGGGCUCUCCUCGUACGCCAAAGUCAGAUACUCCCCUGGAUGCGCCGGCGUCCGAUGCCCGGACAAGACCAUGAUCGCCCACGCAAGGAAGACAGCCAGAGCGACCGACGCGACGGUGAUCGUCGCCGGAAUCGACGUCUCCGUCGAGACGGAAGGGCUGGACAGGAACGAUCUCCUGCUUCCCGGGUACCAAACAGAGCUCAUUUCACAAAUCGCCAGAGUCUCCAAAGGGCCGGUGAUUCUCGUGAUAAUGUGCGCCGGCGGCGUGGAUGUCUCGUUCGCCAAGAACGAUCCCAAUAUCAAAGCCAUCUUGUGGGCUGGGUAUCCAGGGGAAGGCGGCGGGACCGCCAUUGCUGACGUCAUCUUCGGCCGGUACAAUCCCGGAGGGAGAUUGCCGUUGACUUGGUAUCCAGCAAACUACGUCGAAAAGUUGCCGAUGACGUCGAUGCCACUGAGACCGACCGGCCGGUUCCCCGGCCGGACUUACAAAUUCUACGAUGGGCCUUCCGUUUACCCAUUCGGAUUCGGCCUCAGCUACACGAGCUUCCUCUACAACCUGACGAAGCCCAAAAACUCCAUCAUCGACAUGAAGAUGAAGAAAAACAGAGUCGCUGCAGCAGGGUGCCACGACGUGACCUAUGCCGACGGCCGAUCGCAGAAGCCGCGGUGCCCGGGAGCCCUGGUGAAGAAUCUGGAGUGCAAAGAGAAGCUGAAGUUCGAGGUUGCAGUGAAGAACGUCGGGGACAGAGACGGGAGCGAAGCAGUCUUGGUUUACUCGAGACCGCCGGAAGGGAUAGCGGGAGCCCAUUCGAAGCAGGUGAUUGGGUUCCGGAGGGUGUUUGUGAGAGCUGGAGGGAGCAAGAAGGUGAAGUUUGCGGUGAAUGGCUGCGACGGCUUGGGGAUCGUCGAUGAGGCUGCUUACAAAGUUCUGCCGUCGGGGACACACACCAUCGUUGUCGGAGACAGCGGUGGCGUUACGUUCCCUGCUCAGGUGGCGUUUCACUGAGGAGGAGGGUUUUUAGUUGCCAGGAAGCAGAGCCAGAUUUUGAAUUUAGUUUAGAGCAUAGUUAGGGAAGUUGUGUUCCGGCGGAUUGGGUCUUUCCUGGUCCAAGCAAAUGAAUGGAAGGGUUUUCUCAGUUACACACUCCUGUAAGCAAAACAAGAUCAGAAUCAUUAGAUGAUGUCUUCCUGCAGAGAAGAACCCCGUCACUUAAAGCUCUGGUUUUUGACUGUCGAGAAUCAAGGUAGUAGUGUAACAGCAAUAUAGGCUCCCUCAAUAGCAGCAUUCUGGGUUCGUGCAGAAGUCCUUUCACUUAAGCCCCUCUUUGAUCGAUCAAUCGAAUGCGCUAGUUAAGUUUUUCAGCAUAUUCGUACUUAUAAACACCG